GUUCCAUUAUCAUUAAACCAAAUCUCUCUCCCUUUGCGUCUCAAAACUCCAAUAUGGCUCACCAGGAGGAAGGAUGGCCGCUUGGGUUGAGACCAAUCAAUGCAAGAAUUGGAGGACUCACAAGAGAAACUCAUCAUCAUCAUCAACAAGUUUCUGCUGGUUCAAUCUCCUUCAGCUCUCUUCUCUCUCCUUCUCCCUCCUCUCUCUCUUCCUCCGAUCUUGAUUCCCAGUCGAUGGGAUCAUUUUUCCGUGACGGGAGCUACACACUAGGAAACCUAAUCGGGAUAUCAAGCUUUCUAGAACUUUCAAGAAGAUCAAACCGAACAACGAUUGAACAAUCGGCGUCUAGGAACCAUCAACAUCAGAAGAAUAAUCUCAAAUCUUACAAGCCAUGGAUUUUCUCUAUAUGUUCCAAACUAAGCACAGAUUCCACUAUCGUUCCCCAUUACAAGAUUACUACAAACGAGGACAAUCGUCGUACCGAUGUGCAGUCUCUCGGACAUUUCCUCAUGGUGGAGAGACGAGCCAUCGGAUCAACCACACGGUCCACACCGACUAUAUGAAAUGUCCGAGAAUUAAUAACCAAGCCCGCUCGUUGAAACUUGUGUUUGAAUGAAUCCAUAAUGAGGUUUGUGGUCUAAUUAAUGCAACAGAGUCUGAUUUUAUUCUUGUAUUUGCUUGUUUCAAAAUGUUUUGUGU